AUGACGUCGACCGAGCCUCCAGCGCCCGAGAUCUUCCUACUUGUGCUGCGACUGCUCGAGGGCUCGCCAUGCUCCGGUGCAUACGAGGCCCUGCGGCGCGAGGCGGAGGCGCACGGCCUGCUCGGCGAGCGGGUCGACUGGCGCGGCGGCCGGCACACGGCGUCCCUGCAGGAAGCGGCGGCGGCAGCGGGAGGGCUCCCACCGCCGGAGCACCUGCAGCGGCUCCUAUCGCAGCUGCUUGCGCUCUCGCAGACCCAGCAGCCGCCGUCCGAGCGAGUCGCCGCAGCGCCGGUCACGCUGCUGACGCAAGGGCCGCGCUCGCUCGUCACUGUUUGGAGCUGCGUCAGCGGGCUGCUCCAGUUCACGCUGCGCGGGCACGUGCGCGAGGUGACCGACCUGAAGCUCUCCCCCGCCAACGACCACCUCGUCUCUGCAUCCAACGACACCACUGCGCGCGUGGACCUCGCCUCCGGCACGCCCGUCGCCGUGCUCCUCCACCCGGCGCCAGUCAUGUCCCUCUCCUUCUCCCCCGUCUUCGGGACCGCCUCCAGCGGCGAGGGCGAGGAGCGAGCUGGAGAGGGACAUGCCGGAGAGGGGGAGGCGCCGCUGUCUGCUCGCGGCCAGCCCUUCCUGCUGACGGCGAGCGCGGGCCGAGGCACGCUUCUCGGACCCUUCUCGGACCCUUCCCCGGAGCGUCGCCCGACCCCGCCGGUGCCGCGCGCGGUCGUCGCAGCCGCGGCCGGCGACGGCGCCGCGUCGAACGGCGGCGGCACGGUCGUCGUCGAGGCGUUCGACGCGCCCGAGAGCGUCGCGUACCCCGCCCCGGCCAUCGGAAGCUCUCCUGGAGUGUGCGCAAUCUCGAGCGACGGCCUGUACGCGUGCGUCGGCAGCACGGUCCACCCGUACGUCCACUUGUGGCCUCUCGCGCCGGCGCACCGGCUCUUUGACGCCGCGGCGCUGUGGAUCGACGCCGUCGAGUGGAGCAGCGACGGGCGCUUCGCCGUCACCGCCGAGUCACUCCACAAGGACCUCUCCCCACCCACGUCCUGCGCGCCCACCCGCACGACCCGUCCGGUCUUUGCCGCCGCCGGCUACGACGGCGAGCCGCACCAGCCGCCGCGGCAGUGCACGCCGCGCGAGCUCCGGCUGUGGGAUGCUCCGGGCGGGAGGCUGCUCUCCUCGCACGCCGUGCCCGAGCCGGCGGCGGCGGACGUCAACGCCGCCGCGCGAGAGGUCUUCGAUGGCGCCUUCUCGCCCGAUGGGCUCUACUUCGCCGCCACCAACGCCUCGGGCGUGGCGUGGGUCACCGGGGUGGACGGCGGCUUCGGCGGCGCGCUCGCGAGGGCGCCGUACGCCCAGUUCUUCUCGUCCGACUUCCACGCGCUCCGACCCGCCUCGCUCGACCCGCUGUUGCUCGAGGGGAGCGGCAAGCUGCCGAUGGCGCCGCCCCCCGCCCCCCUCGUCGUCUCUGCGGCGGCCGCUUCCGGCGCGAGUGCGUGCGAUGCCGCCGAGCCGUCGCCCCUCCACUGGGGGAACCGGCCCGCCCACCACGGCAGCGCGGCCGCAGCGCGCGGGGCGCCGAGCAGCAGCGCCGCCGCCGAGGUUGGGGGCUCGACGGGGGACGAGAGCGGCAGCGAGAGCGACGAGACGCAGUCGAGCGGCGCCUACGUCGGCGACCGCGUCGUGUACCUGCGGAGGGCGCACGCCGCGGCGCUGGCGGCCCAGCCCGACUCGUCGCCGGCGGCACCGCCCUUCGAGUUGCACCACGCGCUGCCUCUCGCGGUGCCGUGCGUGGUGCGAGCCGUCGAGUACGAGGCGGCCGGGCCUGCUGCCGCGGUGGUGCUGCGCGUCACCGGGCGGUACGAGCACGCGCGGCGAGCUUGGGCGCGCGCCGAGGUUGGAGAGCGGCUGCUCGCCCCGUUCCUCGUCAGCCACGGCCAGUGCGGCGGCGAGUACCGCUGGUUCGAGGGGCGGCUCACCGCGAAGCCGCUCCCGCCUAAAGACUGCGACUUCCUCCCCCGAGAGUGCGACGCCUCCUCCGGAGCGCGGCCCGAGCAGCCGGCGGUGGAGGCGAGCGCCUCACAGGGCGCAAGCGGAGAGGUCGCCGCCGACGCGAGCGGCGCGGAGAGGGAGGGAGAGAGGGGACGCGUCGAGCCGCCUUCCCCCGCCGGCGCCACGUGCGCGCGCUGCACGCGGGGCCGCUUCUGCGACAAGCCGCCGCGGCACGUCGGGCGCUGCAACCGGGGGCUGCAGGCUGUGCGGCCCGGAGCACCGCUGGUCGCGUCCGAGGCGACCGAAGGUGCCGCGGUCGUCGUCUUCUUCUCCGACGCGGAGCGCUGGUACCGCGGCGAGAUCACCGCGGUGCACGGCGGCGCGGAGGGCGGCACCUUCACGGUGCUCUUUGAGGACGGAGACGAGGACGAGACGGGCGGAGAGGACGUGGCCGUGAGCUGCGAGGAGGUUAGUCCGUGGGAGGUGGACGUGGCUGGAUCGACGAUGCACGCCCGCCGCCAGAGCAGACGGCCCUGCCUUGGGGCUGGCCGGUGGCGACCGAGGCUCCGCUCGGGCUACUACCGGCAGCGGGAGGCGCUGCUGCACGACGCGGAGACGUGCGCCGCUCAGGCGCGCGCAAAGCAGCCGGGCGGCGGCGCUGCGGACUGCAGCAUUGGGGCGGAGGAGGCGUCGAUCGCCCUGGCCGCAUCGCUGGAGCCGGCCCUCCUCGCCGCCGCCCGCGGCGACCCGUGGCGCGAGCUGCACGACGCGGGCGUCGCGGCUCUGGAGCCUUCGGUCGUUGGCGAGGCGGCGCAGGCGGAGGAGGCGCGCAGGGCGAGGCGCGAGGCGGGGUGGGUUGUCGGGAGGUCGCGCGCGUCGGCGAAGAGGCUGCGGGGCGGCCGCGCCGAGCCGAGGGCGAUCAUCGCGGCCGACGCGUCGGGCUCGGGCCGGCCGCAGAGGCGCGCGGCGAUGCUUUUCGCGUUCGGAGGGUUGCGGAUCGACGAGGAGGCGGGUGAGGCCUUCCGGGUGGACAGUGGGGAGCAGGCGAGCGAGGCGGGCGCGGCCGGUGAGUCGACGCAGCGGAGAGCGGCCAAGAGGAUCCGGGAGCAGUAG